AUGGAUGGCAUGAGAACGUGCCCAAGCUACGAGGCCGGGUUCGAGGCGUGCGAUCCUUUACGGUCAGUGUUUGAGUGGUCAGGGCGAGGACCGGCGCGUGUGCUGAGACGGCGCUGCCGCAGCGAAGGCGUCGAUCGGUCUCCAUAUGAGGAUGCGACGCGGGAGUUGUAUAGACCCGAAUAUCGCCAGUGCCGUGCAUUAAAUAAAAGCCACUUUACCUUGAACAACGGUUACGAGCGAUUUGAGAGGUUCGACCACGAGUGCUCGCUGCCCGCUGAGAACGGCGACUACGUUAUGGCACACGACAGUAACAUACGCCAUGGUUACCAGCCAGGAAGAACGAAAUAUCAAAGAUCUAGUCCCAUUCGUCCGUUGUUAGUCACCACAUUAUCAAACAAUAAGCUAGAUGACAGCCGUCUACCUAAAGUUGAGGAAUUGCUUGAGAAAGUGGACCAGGAAAUGUUAGAGGUUCCUAUGACCAAACAGCCUUUGAAGUCAAUACUCAAUAAUCCUUUGCCUAAGACACAGCCGCAAAGUAUAUUAAAGAAACCUAAAAAUAGAUCAUAUCAGGAAUCCAAAUCUGCAUUAGAAGGACGCAGAAGACAAAGAGCGUCCAGUGAAUCUGAUAAUUUUUAUUGUAGUUUUCAUCUCGGCUCAUCUUUACCGGGAUACGAUGGUCACCUUUCAUAUAGAUCUAGUAACAUGAAGCGGGCUAAAGAUAAUUCUGGAACUGGUUAUUCAUAUGGAACUGCUAUAGCCGCUCUUGGUAAUACUCCUAGAGCAAAAUCUCCAACCAAUUAUCCUAAAAGUAGAUGCAAUUGUCCAAACCAAGUUAUAGUUACACCUAAAGACGAAGCAUAUAGAGUACAUUUGUUAAGGACGUCUGCAAUAAACAGUGAAACUGUGAAUGAUGUACCCGUUGUUGAUAUGCCUCGUCAAGAGACCCAUACUCCUACAAGACCGGCUCACAGCCCCGCUUUGCCAGUGAGUUCAGUGACCCCGACCACUAUCACCAAGAAGAAGAAAAAGAAGAAAACUAAGACGAAGACCACCAUAAGCACUCAAGAGGAAGCUGAUGAUUCUCACAGCCGCUCGCCGUCUCCUGACCCGACUGUGGACACCUGGAAAAUGGAAACGGAACCGGAAGUAGAUAAGACAGAUAAACAUCUGCAUAAUGAUGUAGAUAAAAAUCCCGUGGUCAAGUUAGCGACUAAACUCAACGGUACCCUCGUGUCUCCUAAGAAAGCUGUGUCUAAAGAGAAAGUUAUUAACAAGGAUCCGUUCUUGACCACUUUACAUACGACAAAUCCAUUCAAAAAUAUUCCCACUCGGAAAGAGUCACCUCUUCACUUGCCAGAGUCAAUGUCUAACUGUCUUCGUCCGUCUCUGUUCCCGCGAGUUCCUCCAUAUUUAAAGUUUAUUGGCCACGAUGACACCGCACCUCUCAAGAUGCCGAUGGCCAUACAGAAACACCUCAAGUGGAAGUUGACCACAAUCACACCGAUAGUUGUCAAGAAGACCUUAACUAAUUCGGGAUUCAGAUUGGUCAAGAGCGAGUGCGAUACAUCCGAAUGCCCCCAAGAAGAAACCGUAGAUUGGAUUGGUAUAUGGGGUAAACACAUGAAAUCUAUCAUGUUCCGCGCGAUCAAAGAUGGACAGAAGAUGAAUCAUUUCCCAGGAACGUUCCAGAUAGGACGCAAGGAUAGGCUGUGGAGGAAUUUACAGAAGUUAGCGUCGAGGCACGGAGUCGGCGAAUUCGGAAUCAUGCCCAAGACAUACGUAUUACCUCACGACCUCAAGAUAUUGAAACACGACUGGGAGAAAUACGCGGCGAACAACGAGAAGUGGAUCAUAAAACCGCCAGCAUCAGCUCGAGGUACCGGCAUCAAAGUUGUGUCAAGAUGGACUCAAAUACCUAAGAAGAAACCCGUAGUGGUUCAACGAUAUGUUUCCAAGCCCUACCUCAUCAACGGUAGCAAGUUCGACUUACGCUUGUACGUGUUAGUGACGUCCGUACAUCCGCUACGAAUAUACUUGUACAAGGAUGGGUUGGCGAGAUUUGCUUCAGUGAAGUACAACGACGAUAUAACAUCUCUGAACGACAGAUACAUGCACUUGACCAACUACUCAAUCAACAGACUGUCCAAGAACUACACACCCAAUGAAGACUUCGCGGCUUGUGAGGGACACAAGUGGACUCUGCAAACUCUAUUUCAAUACCUUAAGACUGAACAGAAAGUUGACACGGAUUUACUAUGGGAGUCUAUAAAGGAUCUAGUGAUAAAGACCAUUAUAUCGGGAGAGGCGAGCAUCAGUUCACUGACAAAGGCCAAUAUAACCUCACGAUACAACUGUUAUGAACUGUUCGGCAUUGAUGUACUUUUGGAUGAAGAUUUGAAACCUUGGCUGUUGGAGGUGAAUAUAUCUCCCAGUCUCCACUCAGCGUCACCUCUUGAUACUCAUGUGAAGGGUCCUUUAGUUAGAACAGUACUCAACGUAGCUCAAUUCCAUGUUCCGCCUCGCACCAGUCUUGACGCCUUGGCUAGGGAACACGGCCGAUUGAAUGGUUUGCCAUACGAUAGUAGAUUGUACACUGUGUAUCUGUCGAAAGAAGAGCGCGACAAACAUAUUAUAUACACACACAUGGAAGACAGAGAUCUGUAUCUAAGAGACAUCUUAUCUACCUUGACGCCCGACGAUGUUCGACAUCUCAUACAAGCGGAAGACGAAUUGACGCAGAUAGACUCUAUGGAGCGAGUGUUCCCUACAAAGAAUACGCAUAAAUACUUGACCUUCUUAGUCGGGCCGCGGUACUACAACAGACUGUUCGACGCUUGGGAGAGCAGAUACUGCGACUAUAGAGAACCAGGCAUCGAGCUGUUGCGUAACCUCUGCGACAUCGGCUACCACCUGGAGGUGCCCCCCGUACCGUUAAAGGGCAAAGUCACAAGUGCUCUCAGGCGAGCGUACUUGGGUUGUAAACACGUCGCUCACAGUAAGUGCGUAGAUAGGAACGUUCCGAGCGAAUAUGGCAACGUCGGGCGAUAUAGCGUUUUGUAUACCGCUAGGGCUAAUAGAACUUGUAGACGUUCGAAAUUUGAAAAUUGUUCACCGCUAAUAAAAGAUUAG